AUGGGCAUCAGAGCGAUGCUGCGAGCCGCUGUGCUCCUGCUACUCAUCAGGACAUGGCUCGCAGAGGGCAACAACACCACUUCCAUCCCGGAAUACGUCUUCGAGCUCUCUCCGACCAUGCCUGCAGUCAUCCAUAACGUCUUCAAUUGCAAAAAUUGUGCAAAUGAAACUGUGGUUGGCAAGAUUUUGGACAGGGUGCUGUCAGGAUAUGAUGCCCGUCUGAGACCAUAUUUUGGAGGUGACCCUUUGCCUGUGGGAAUAUCUAUGUAUGUCUCCAAUAUUGACCACAUCUCAGAAGUAACUAUGGAUUCUAAGGUCACGAUGUUUUUUCUUCAAACCUGGAAAGAUCCACGUCUAGCAUACUGUGAGACCAACUUAAACCUGACUCUAGACUAUCGUAUGGCUGACAAGUUGUGGGUUCCCGACUGCUACUUUCUAAAUAGCAAGGAUACCCCUGUGCAUGACAUGAGUGUGGAAAAUCGUAUGUUUCAGCUUCACCCAGAUGGAACGGUGCAUUAUGGCAUGCGACUCACUACCACAGCAUCUUGUUCUAUGGAUCUUCAGAAAUACCCUUUGGACAAGCAGACCUGCAAGCUGGAGGUGGAGAGCUAUGGUUACACAGUUGAAGACAUCAUGUUAUACUGGGAAGGUGAUGAGAAUGCCAUCCAGGGGACUGAAAAGAUAGAGAACCCUCAGUUCACCCUCCUGGGAAAGAAAGUAACUAGAAAUGAGGAGGUUUUCUACACAGGUUCCUAUGUGCGACUUGUACUGAAAUUCAUGAUCCAGAGGAAAAUUAUCCAUUACCUUGUGCAGGUCUAUUGGCCUACUAUCAUCGUCACUAUUUCCUCUUGGGUGACAUUUUGGAUGAACUAUGAAUCUUCUGUAGCCAGGAUGACAAUCGGUCUGACUUCAAUGUUCAUCCUGCACACCAUCAAUUCACACCUGCGGGAAAAACUGCCUGAAUUCUCUUGUAUCAAGGCUAUUGACAUCUAUAUGGUUGUCUGCUUCAUCUUUGUGUUCCUGUCCUUGCUGGAAUAUGUCUACAUCAACUAUCUUCUCUAUAGUCGAAGAGAAAGUAGUCGCUGUUAUAGGCUAUGCAGAAGAGCCCGAAAAAUCAUGGACCAAUAUCGCUACCAGCUGGAACCAGAGCUGCAGUGUUAA